UAUAGCUAUGGCGGCUUUGAGUUGGUUUGCGUGCAGGCAGCUGCCUCGAAUCACGUCCCAGUUCGGUAGGUAUCUGAGGCCAGCUGGGGCGCUCCACCCCUGGGCCCCGGUGCGGAGAUUUGCUGUAACACCUCGCACCCGAGUCGGGGAGAAAGGGCCGUGGGGCAAGACUCGGAUGCUGGAGCAACCUCAUUUGACAGAACUUGAUAAGGCGGAUGCAUUGAUGCUGAGAAAGUCCCAUGAAACAGGGUUCCUGUCCUGGUUUCGUAAUGGUCUGUUGGCUACAGGGAUCGGAGUCAUCGCUUUUGUGCAGAGCGAUGUGGGACGAGAGGCUGGAUAUGCGUUUUUCAUUCUGGGUGGCGUGUGCGUGUCCUUUGGUGGGGCGUCCUACGUGGGCAACCUGUUCGCCCUGCGCCGCACCAUGCUCCUCUCCCUGCCCCUGGCCCUGAUGCACAGCCUGGUGGUGACCAGCAUCGCCCUCUUCUGGCUCUGCGCGGUAUCGCUGUACAUCGGCCGGCUGGAGGUGGAGAUCAUCCACGACGAGGAUGAGGAGGGUGAGGACGGCGGUGAGUGCGAGGAGUGCGGGGGCCGGCGAGAGGGGCGCCACCCAGAGGACAAAGGACAGGAGAAGUGAAAGGAGUUCUCGACAGAGGGCGUGCCCCCCUCUUUUUGGAAGUCAGCCAGAGCUCGGGCGUGCAAGAGGCAGAGAUGGCUGCUGAUUUUUGGGUGCAGCCUUCUAAUUCGGUCUGUUCUUUUGUGGGUGUAGGGGAGUUUGUGUGGAUAUGUCUGUGUGUGUGUGUGCUUGUGCGUAAUACAGGAAAGCAGUGAAUUGACAGGAUGGCUGUAUUUCUUUUGAGUUUACUAUAUUUGAUUCAAUGUAAGCAUUGUUCUAGUGCAAAGGUGGUCAGGCUGUAGCCCUAGGGCCUCAUUCUAACAUUCAGAGCUUCAUGUUUUCCCCCUGACCUCAGUGUGAAGGAAAAAGAACACAUUUACUAUUAACUGGAUAAAUCCUCUGAUUAAACGGAUCCUGUGAAAUACGCGAAAUGCAGCUAUGAUAUAGGCAAACAUGAGGGUGCUCAUCGUAAACUAGUCCUUCCAUCACCUCUCCCUCAUGCCAAGUGUAUGAUAAGAGAUUUUGUGACUCCCAAGUGACUCGGUUGGCAGCGUUCUUGCAUUGAGUACAGGCUAAGCUUUGAAAACUGCUGUGCUAUCUGCUGAUAAUGACCAAGAGGCCACAGCGAUGGAACAAAUUGGCUUGUUCCCCUGUGGAUUGGUCUGCUCCGGCCCCUUUAUCUCAGUGCUCUCAGGCACCCUGUAAUUCCUCAGGCGCCUGUGAGUUGCUCAGAAGACGUCAGCAGGGUUGUGCCUACCCUCCAGUUGAUGGCUACUUCGCUGUGUGACUUGUAGUGUGUAAAAUGCAUCUUCUUAAGCAGAUUCAUAAUUUUAAAUUCAAUUCAGUUCUAAGAUGCUAGUUGCUGUCUAACAGAAUUUGCAGAGAUGAUUGGUUUACAGAGAGUUAACUGCACAAUGUCUCUCUCUCUCUCUCUCUCCUUCCCUCUCUCUAAUAGUUAUAGAGUGCGGUAAAUCAGUCCCAUGGAAAUGGCGUAAUCAAAGCCAUGGUUGUAAUGCAAUAUAUACCAGAAAUGUAGAAAUUUGAAUUUGUAAGUAAAUUGCACAACAGAUAGCUGUUGUUUGAUUUCUGUCGUAUUUCCUGAAAUAUUUUCAACAGAACUGCCAGCCUAGAGGGUGAGUUUGUUGGUAUGUGGGAAGGAGUCAGAGUGAGAGCAGGAAAGGGAGCACAGGUGCUCAUGAAACAGUGAGUGACCUCAGCCUCUGACCUUCAGUAUGUUCCUGUUAGCCGACUGCUCCACUGAAUUUUUAUCAGCAGCAACUGAUCCAGGAUCAGGUUAUUGGUUUAGACCUAACCCCUAGUCAGUGUGAGAAAACGUGAUGCUUGUACUGGGUCUGUGCCUGGGGGAAGACAAUCAGCACCCAUCCAACAUGACGUAGUCACAUGACCUUUGUCAAUAAUAUCACAUGGUUAACAGUCACCAAAGACUUGCAGACUGUAUUGUUGGAUGGAAGCUGGAUUUUGGCAAUCGUCACUUCCACUGAAACGGGUGUUAAAUGUAUUUACCAAUUUGCUCAGAUUCCAAGGUCUGACCAAAUGUUUUACAACUAGAUUUCAUUUUCUGUUGGUUUGGGAGUGCCCACCACGUUUCAAACCUCCAAAAUGACACUCUUUGAUAAAGCAUAAUCAAACUUCAAGGUGACAUGUCGCUAAGCCUGUUAGUUAUUAAUUCAGUCCAUUCGUUAAACCCAUGUUAAGUUUGUGUCACAGUUGGUCCCUGGGGUAGAUUGUUAACACACUCUUCAUCGCCUGAUUCCACCUCCUGUUUUGCCUCCUUGCCACCCCAUUUCAAAGCUCAGACAAUGACGGUUAUAUGAUGACAGUAAUACAGUGCAGUAUGAACCUGACUUGCAUAACACCCACAUGUACCAGAGACAGCAUCUGGUGCCUUCUUAACUACUGUGUACGCAAGGAACUCGGCUCUGAGAACACAGCAGUUCCUUCGCAGCCGUAGUACAAUUCAUCCACACGUGGUUCAGAGCAGUUGCAGCACGAUGGAGAACAACUCGCACUACAAUCAACAGAGUUCCGUACAGCAUGUGAAGUGAGCCACCUUAGUUGUGGAACAUUGUAGUAGCACUUUUUCUCAGGCUGAG